CUUGGCUGCUCUAUUACACAAGCAAGAUACUGCCAGCCAGCCAGCCAGCAGGCCGGCCAGCCCCACCCAAUUUUGUUUCUCUAGCAUCUGCCUGUGUCCUGCUCAAUGCCACUCUGUCAGACUUAAGCCACCUGCUUUUCCGUGUGCUGAGGACUUACUGUAGCCAGGUCAACGGCGCUAUUUUCUUCACUGUCUGUAAACACCUGUUAGUUCUGAAGAUUCCUCAUACUAAAACCAGUAUCCACGAAGGACACUAUGCUGACCUUAGCCAAAAUUGCAUUGAUUUCAAGUCUGUUCAUUUCAUUACCAUUUGCAAGGCCUCAGAAACAAAAUCCACGAAGAAAUGUAACUCAGCACACUAUAGAAGAUGUGAAAACAACGAGCAACAACUCCAUUCAUUUGGAAAGAAGCAUAAAUGUAACUUCAGAGAAUGGAAGUGAUAUCUCCAAUCUCAUAGUGACAACUCCUUCUUUGAAUUUAUCCACAACCUCCAGAACAACAAGUCCCACCAGAACCUGGCCAAUGACUAGCUCAUCUCAGAGUUCAAGACCCUCCUCCACACAUCCUGUUCCUCCCUUAGUUCAGGGCUUUGUUUCCAAGUUGCCUUUGAACUCAUCCACAGCAGACACAAAUCCUUUACAGCUCUCAGAACGUUCCAAUUCUACAAAUUCCCCAUCACCAGAAAACUUUACUUGGUCUUUGGACAAUGACACAAUGAACAGUCCUGAAGAUAUUUCCAGUACAGUAAGACCCUUCCCUCCACCUCCAAAGACCACACCUGUGACCCCUUUCACAGCCGAACCUACUGAAUGGCUCCCCACAAACAAUGACAACUUUGCUGGUUUUACCCCGUAUCAAGAAAAAACAACUUUACAGCCUACACUAAAAUUCACCAAUAAUUCAAAACUUUUCCCAAAUACAUCAGACACCCCAAAAGAGAAUAAGAACACAGGAAUAGUAUUUGGAGCCAUUUUAGGAGCUAUCCUGGGUGCUUCACUGCUUAGCCUUGUUGGCUACUUAUUGUGUGGACAACGGAAAACAGAUUCAUUUUCCCAUCGGCGCCUUUAUGAUGACAGAAACGAACCAGUUCUGCGAUUAGACAAUGCACCAGAACCUUAUGAUGUCAAUUUUGGAAAUUCUAGUUACUACAACCCAGCUGUGAAUGAUUCAUCCAUGCCAGAAGGGGGAGAAAGCCUGCAAGAUGGCAUUCCUAUGGAUGCUAUACCUCCACUUCGCCCCUCGGUAUAAAAUUAGGAGAAAGAUGGCUGCAGAGGGCACAAGUUCAUCUCCAUUUUGACCUUUCAACAAAUUCAUCCUUCAAGAGGUUCUGCAAGGUCACUGCUGUGCUGCUUGCACAGGGAAUGCUGCAGAAGCAGGAAACGUGCAGAAAAAGCAGGGGGCAUCUGUCAUCGAAAAGCUUUCUUUUCUUGCAGUCUUCAGCUGGGCUGAAGCAUGUGUUAUACAACCAUAAUUUGGUUUAUUUUCCAAGGAAACCUUUGUGGGAUAAGGUAAAAUUAAUGCACAUUACCAUGGUAGCGCUGACUGAUAACUUAACAAUAACCGUUCUUCACACAAAAUCUGGGAACCAAAACAAGAUUUUCUUUAAAUAGUUUGUUUUUAAACAAGAAACAGGAGCUAACUCUUCAUUCUUCUUGUCUAUAAUUCAGGACCACAGAAUAAAUAUAAGCAUUUUCUUGGGGGCAUAGUUUGGAUGAUAAUUUUUUCUGGGUUGUUUCAAAGUUAGAAAUACUAUAUGGCAGAAUGUUUGGUCCUGAGAAAUUAAGGCAGUAAGAAUGAAAAGCUUGUCUCCUAAUACAUUCACUCUUCUGCAGCAGUACACGUGGUCAGUCCCUUUGGCUGGCAUGUUGACAAUGGGGGCAUUCAACAGGACUGAGGGAGAAAACUGACUCUAGCCAGGAAAGUGAUAUCUUCCCUGAAAGUCCUCAAAGUUUUAAGCAACUUCAGCUUGCAUGAGUACACAUCAGGUUUCAGUUAGUUGAGCACCUUAGAAUCUCAAUUGGAAACAUGAGGAAAAGGGUGAGGAAAAUACUUGUACAUAGUACAAAUUUUACUUGUUAGCUAGAAAUAGAAUUUGUAGUAUAUUAUAGACGUCUGUUCAGUCACAUGUGAAAUAUCUGUCUUUCUAGAGGCAUAGAGCACAGGGAAAACAACAACGAGAGUUAGCAAGCAAACACAUCAUCAUUUGGACAAGUAAUGAUAGAAGAGACUUAAUUCUGGUUUUAGUUUGUUUUUGAUCAACACCUGCCUUUGACAGUCUGAGCCUCAAAGACUAGAGGAUUAAAUAAAGUUAAAUUCCCAAGGAGUGAAUGUAUGAACAAAGCAAGCACUAUCUUAGAUAUCUUAUAGUCUUUAUUGUUGAGUCAGUACGUGGUAUGAGUGGCACUUGCAUGUGCAUGCGUGUGUGUGUAUGUGUGUGUGUGUGUGUGACACAGAAAACAUUGUAGAAAGUCAGAAUUGUAAAAUGAAUAAUGAAAGAAAAUACUCACCCCAUAUUGCCAUAAAAAUAGCGAAGAAAACUGUCCCUCCAUUAUCAAACAAAUAUGUUACCUUAAUAGAAAAAAUAGAAAUAUUAAUUAUACUAGUGGUUGUACUAAAAUAGAAGUUAUUGUUAGCAUUAGGUACUGUGGUUUCUCCCUAGGUUCUAUCACAGUAUUGUAUAUUUUUUUAAUCUAUUGACCUGUUACCUUCACUGGUCUUCCAGUAAUUUAUGUUAUUUCCUCACAGGAGAGAUGAGGAAACAACAGAUUUUUUUUUUCUCACCUCCCUCUGAUUUCUUUGUUCCUCACUUUCAUUUUGGCCUUUAAGUUGUUCUAGAUUCCCAAAGAAGCCUUUUGCACUACAGUCAAACACACUAACACCCUGAAAUGUAAGAAGUUAGUAUGUAACUCAAAACAAGUUUUGCCUCAUGUUGUUUCCUGUUAGUGAAAGUUCCUAGAACAGGAAAGUUAUAAAAUAGAGAACUCUGAUAGUGAGCAAGUGUCUUCAAUUGAAAGUUGUCAUAUCAAUAUUCCUGAUCUUUUGUGUCUUGCAAAAUGUGCCAUGGGUCCAGUAGUGAUUUAUUUCAUGUAAUGAGUUUCAUCUUAACUUGUUUUAAGAUGUUUCAUAAAUCAUUAAGCAUAUUUUAAUCAGGUGUUACCUUAUAUAAAGUUUGAUAAAGCAUGUAAAGUCAAUACUAUAGAAUAUAAUUUUUAGACUUGCAAGGAUUGAUAGAUUUUAAUAAAAUUCGGAUUUAAUAAAA